CAGGUUGCGUUCUGGGAAGUGAGGCGCUCCGGGAGGCGGGAGGCCUGGAGCCGCGGGCCGCGGGAGUCCUGGCGAGGGCGCCGGCCCAUUGUGCGUCCCGCUCGGCGCGCUCUUUUGCAGAGGAGCGAGCCCCGGCCGGGAACUGUGGACGCGUCUCUCCCGAGACCCGGCCGCCUCGCCCGCUCUAGUCCAGCGGAGCCGGAGCGCCUCGGACCAAUCCCCGGUGAUUAUGCAAGGCAACGGACCAAUCAGCUCCGCCGGCUCAUGAAUAUUUAUGACCUUGGCUGAGUCAAAGCUUUGAAGCGAGUUUGGGGAGCUCCGCAGCAUCAUGCUUAGACUUUUCAAAGAGACAAACUCCAUUUUCUUAUGAAUGGAAAGUGAAAACCCCUGUUCUGCUUAAAUUGGGUUCCUUCCUGUCCUGAGAAACACAGAGACCCCCAAAAGGAAAGCAGAGGAGAGAGAGAGACCCACACCCAGACCCCGCGAGAAGAGAUGACCAUGACCACCAUGCCAGAAAGUCUCAACAGCCCCGUGUCGGGCAAGGCGGUGUUUAUGGAGUUUGGGCCGCCCAACCAGCAAAUGUCUCCUUCUCCCAUGUCCCACGGGCACUACUCCAUGCACUGUUUACACUCGGCGGGCCAUUCGCAGCCCGACGGCGCCUACAGCUCGGCCUCGUCUUUCUCCCGACCGCUGGGCUACCCCUACGUCAACUCGGUCAGCAGCCACGCGUCCAGCCCCUACAUCAGUUCCGUGCAGUCCUACCCAGGCAGCGCCAGCCUCGCCCAGAGCCGCCUGGAGGAUCCAGGGGCCGACUCGGAGAAGAGCACCGUGGUGGAAGGCGGUGAGGUGCGCUUCAAUGGCAAGGGGAAAAAGAUUCGCAAACCCAGGACCAUUUACUCCAGUUUGCAGUUGCAGGCUUUGAACCGGAGGUUCCAGCAAACUCAGUACCUAGCUCUGCCCGAGAGGGCGGAGCUCGCGGCCUCCUUGGGACUCACGCAGACGCAGGUCAAGAUCUGGUUCCAGAACAAGCGCUCCAAGUUCAAGAAGCUGAUGAAGCAGGGCGGGGCGGCUCUGGAGGGGAGCGCGCUAGCCAACGGCCGGGCGCUCUCUGCCGGCUCCCCGCCGGUGCCGCCUGGCUGGAACCCCAACUCCUCAUCCGGAAAGGGCUCGGGCAGCAGCACGGGCUCCUACAUCCCCAGCUACACGUCAUGGUACCCCUCGGCACACCAAGAAGCUAUGCAGCAACCCCAACUCAUGUGAGGUUGCCCACCCGAUCCCGCCCACCUCCUUCCCAUUUCCCCUGGUCCGGGGCCCCUCCUGCCUCCGGGUCCGUCCACCCCAUUUGUGUGCCGUGGACCCGGAGAAGGGCUCAGAGGGAAAGAAGAAGGAACCGUGGAGGCAGGACGCCCACCGCCUCCUCAGAGCCCCUUGCUGUCUGGACUGGCUACUUCCCUGGCGUCCACACCCUCGCCUGAACCCUGGCCUGGGCCACGAGCAGCAGAGAGAGGCCUUGCAGCUCAGUCAUAGCCGCAGGAGACAGCUGGAGCAGCAAGAUAGCCUGUUGGACCCAACCGACCGGGGACCCUCAUUGUGUGGGACUAUCAGGAAAAACACACAAAACAAAAGCAAUGUAGAAAAAGCAAAAGCUAUUUUCUGUCCUGUCCGUCUCUUGUCUCCUUUCGCUCGGUAUCUGUGCCCUGACAAGUCGAGGUCCUCCUCUGUCCACUGUCCUCAUUCUGCAGCCUCUGAAAAACCUCACCAGGUCCCGGGAGGCGCUGUCCACCAGGCCACCCAGUUCCGGAUACUUGGAUGUUUUACCCUUUCAGACCUUUUCCUGGGCCUGCCCAAACAUCUGUGUAGCUCAUUGGGGAACUGGGGGAAAUUGGAGGGAGGGGGCUUAUUUAUUGAGAAAUGGACUUCUCCUGAGGCUGAGUGUUGGCCAGUACGCAAUUCUAUGGGACAGGAGGAGCACACUGUCCAAAUAUACCAGUCACUUCAAAUGCACCCGGGGGAAAAAAAGAAUAAGGAGGACCUGGUGAUUUUUAACUUAUAUAGUAACUUUUGUACUUCACUGGUCUAGAGCGGUUGGAGUUGAAUGAUUUGCAUAUUUUACAUGUUUUUAAAAAGAAAGAAAUGAAGCCAACACAGUUUCUCAUUUGGAGAAGAACGCUUAGUCUCCUUGCCUGGACAAGUAGGAAAAUCUGAAUUCUCUCCUUAGGGAGAAAGAGAGAGAGAGGACCCACGGGCAGCGGUGAGAAAAGAGGCGGGUGUGAGCGAGCACCCUAAUGCCAGUGGGCUUGAAAGCAAGCAAACGCAGCUUUUCAACAACCCCCAGAGGAGCCAGAAUGAUGCCAGUCACCACCUGAACGCACAGCCUCCAGUGCAGGAUCUAAUCGCUGUACAUAUUAUUGUUGUUAUUAAUUAUUAUUGUUAUUAUUAUUGUUCUGUAAACAUGUUGCACAAGCUUAGCUAUUUUUUUUUCUGUUCCGUUGAGUGUGGCUGUAAAACCCGAUGCUUUGUGAAAUGAGAAUCUUGACAUUUUACUUGUGAAAUUUGGAAAAUGUGAUCAGUUGAAAUCAACCAUGUUUUGUGUUCUCUAUGUCAAAGUUUAGUUUUAUAUUGAGAAUGUUAACUUAUUGCUUUGUAUCUUGGGG